UGAACGUUUACAUACCAAGUCUCUCAAGUCCAGUAGCUAAAAAAAAUGGAGAGAGGAUGGCAUGCAUGAGAGCAGAGCUGCUCUCAGUAAGAAUUUUAGACACUUGGAGCUUCUGCUAACAUAUAUAUACUUCAGAACAUGUGACUGUCUUCUUGCUUCAGCAAAUAGAGGCACCAGAGCCAUCAGGAUCGGUAACCUUCUUGAAUCUGUAAAUGCCAUCUCAGUAGACUUUGGUCAUUUUAGAGUUUUUGUUCUAAUCAGUUCCUUAAUAUUUUACUUUUGCUCAUCCCUAGAGAAUAACUCCAAGCCUUUGAUAGAAAAUGAAGUAGAAAUUCUAUAGUUUAGAUGUAGCAUGUCUGGGCUUACUUCUCUUAGAAAUCAUGUAUAUGAAGGAUACAAAUCAUCAUAAGUCAUCAGCAUUCUUAUACAUCACUAACAAAACCCAACAGUUACGAGUUACAAAGAGAAAUUCCAUUUAAAGUAACUACUGAUUGUAUAAAAUAUUUAGGAAUCUAUCUGCCAAGGGAAAAUCAGAAACUUUAUGAGCAAAACUACAAAACACUUUCCACACAAAUUAAGUCUGAUCUAACCAGUGGAAAAAUAUUAAAUGCUCUUGGGCGAGCAAAUAUAAUAAAGAUGACCAUACUACCUAAACUAAUCUAUUUAUUUAGCGCUAUACCAAUCAGACUCCCAAAAAACUAUUUUGAUGACCUUGAAAAAAUAACAACAAAGUUCAUAUGGAAAAACAAAAGGUCAAGAAUUUCAAGGGAAUUAAUGGAAAAAAAAAAUCAAAUGAAGGUGGCCUAGCUGUACCAGACCUAAAAUUAUAUUAUAAAGCAGCAGUUACUAAAACCAUCUGGUAUUGGCUAAGAAAUAGACUAGUUGAUCAAUGGAAUAGGUUAGGUUCAAAGGACAAAACAGCCAAUAACUUUAAUAAUCUAGUGUUUGACAAACCCAAAGACCCCAGUUUUUGGGAUAAGAACACAUUAUUUGACAAAAAUUGAUGGGAAAAUUGGAAAUUAGUAUGGCAGAAACUAGGCAUUGACCCACACUUAACACCAUACACCAAAAUAAAGUCAAAGUGGGUUCAUGACCUAGGCAUAAAGAAUGAGAUUAUAAAUAAAUUGGAAGAGCAUAGGAUAGUUUACCUCUCAGAUUUGUGGAAGAGGGAGGAAUUUAUGACCAAAGAAGAACUAGAGAUCACUAUUGACCACAAAAUAGAAAAUUUGGUUAUAUCAAAUUGAAAAGGUUUUGUACAAACAAAACAAAUGCAGACAAGAUUAGAAGGGAAACAAUAAACUGGGAAGACAUUUUUACUGUCAAAGGUUCUGAUAAAGGCCUCAUUUCUAAAAUAUAUAGAGACCUGACUCUAAUUUAUAAGAAAUCAAGCCAUUCUCCAAUUGAUAAAUGGUCAAAGGAUAUGAACAGACAAUUCUCAGACGAAGAAAUUGAAACUAUUUAUAGCCGUAUGAAAAUAUGCUCCAAAUCAUUAUUAAUCAGAGAAAUGCAAAUUAAGACAACUCUGAGAUACCACUACACACCUGUCAGAUUGGCUAGAGUGACAGGGAAAGAUAAUGGGGAAUGUUGGAGGGGAUGUGGGAAAACAGGGACACUGUUGAAUACAUCCAGCCAUUCUGGAGAGCAAUUUGGAACUAUGCUCAAAAAGUUAUCAAACUCUGCAUACCCUUUGAUCCAGCAGUGUUUCUACUGGGCUUAUACCCCAAAGAGAUACUAAAGAAGGGAAAGGGUCCUGUAUGUGCCAAAAUGUUUGUGGCAGCCCUGUUUGUAGUGGCUAGAAGCUGGAAAAUGAAUGGGUGCCCAUCAAUUGGAGAAUGGUUGAGUAAAUUGUGAUAUAUGAAUGUUAUGGAAUAUUAUUGUUCUGUAAGGAAUGACCAGCAGGAUGAAUACAGAGAGGACUGGCGAGACUUACAUGAACUGAUGCUAAGUGAAAUGAGCAGAACCAGGAGAUCAUUAUAUACCUCAACAACGAUACUGUAAAAAAUUACCCUGGCAUGAGUUCUGUCAAUAAGAAGUUUAAAAAAAAAAAAAAAAAAAAAGACUGAUUGACAACCAGAAUGGAGAAAAAUGAGGUUCAUCCCGUAAAGAGAUCACAAAACAUUGGGAAUGGCUGGAAAAUAACUUGCUACAGACAUUGUCCAUCUUUGAAAAUGAAGAAGACAUCACUACCUUUGUCAAGGGCAAGAUACAUGGUAUCAUUGCUGAAGAAAACAAGAACCUGCAGCCUCAGGGAGAUGAGGAUCCAGGAAAAUUCAAAGAAGCAGAACUAAAGAUGCGGAAACAGUUUGGAAUGCCUGAAGUGGAAAAGCUGGUCAAUUACUAUUCCUGUAGUUACUGGAAAGGACGGGUACCCAGGCAGGGAUGGUUGUACCUUACUGUCAACCACCUUUGUUUCUACUCCUUCCUUUUGGGCAAAGAAGUAACCCUGGUGGUCCAGUGGGUGGAUGUAACUGAAUUGGAGAAGAAUGCUACCCUGCUGUUCCCUGAGUGCAUCAAAGUUAACACCAGGGAUAAGGAGCUGUACUUCUCCAUGUUCCUCAAUAUCAAUGAGACCUUCAAGCUUAUGGAGCAAUUGGCCAAUAUUGCCAUGCGACAGCUGCUGGACAAUGAAGGCUUCCUGGAGGACAAAUCCCUCCCCAAGCCUGUCAGGCCUCUUAAAAACAUCUCAGCCUUAAAAAGAGACCUAGAUGCCAGAGCCAAAAAUGAAUGCUACCGGGCAACUUUCCGGUUGCCAAAGGAUGAACGACUAGAUGGACACACUGACUGUACCUUGUGGACCCCAUUCAACAAGAUGCAUAUCCCUGGCCAGAUGUUCAUCUCCAACAAUUAUAUUUGCUUUGCCAGUAAAGAAGAAGAGGCAUGUUAUCUCAUAAUACCACUGAGAGAGGUGACAGUGGUUGAAAAAGCUGACAGCUCCAGCGUGUUGCCGAGCCCAUUAUCUAUUAGCACCAAAAGUAAAAUGACCUUCUUGUUUGCCAAUUUGAAAGACCGAGAUUUUUUGGUCCAAAGAAUCUCAGACUUCCUUCAGAAAACAUCAGCUAAGAAGCCACAUGCAGGCAGCAGAGAAAAGGCUGGAGUCACAGAUUCAGCACGAGGGGAGGAAAGUGAUCUGCCUGCCAGCCCAUCCUCUACUCUCAGCAGUCAACUGACCUCCUUUUUGGAGGAGGCUCCAACUGCUUCUCAUGGACUUCUCAAACUUUUUCAAAAAAACUCAUCCACAGAGGUUCUUGGACCAAAGGGGGCAAAAGAGAAGAUGAAAGAAGAAUCUUGGAACAUUCACUUCUUUGAGUAUGGACGUGGCAUGUGCAUGUAUCGGACAGCAAAGACCCGGGAGCUGGUCUUAAAGGGUAUCCCUGAGAGCCUCCGUGGAGAACUCUGGCUCCUGUUCUCAGGAGCCUGGAAUGAAAUGGUGACCCACCCUGGAUACUAUGCUGAGCUGGUGGAGAAAUCCAUGGGCAAACAAAGUCUUGCCGCCGAGGAAAUUGAGAGAGAUCUACAUCGUUCCAUGCCUGAACAUCCAGCCUUCCAGAAUGCAAUGGGCAUUGCUGCCCUUCGCCGGGUGCUCACAGCAUAUGCUUUCCGAAAUCCAACAAUUGGAUACUGCCAGGCUAUGAACAUUGUGACAUCGGUGCUGCUUUUGUACGGCAAUGAGGAAGAGGCUUUUUGGCUGCUGGUGGCACUCUGCGAGCGGAUGCUUCCCGACUACUACAACACUAGGGUGGUAGGUGCACUUGUGGACCAAGGCAUCUUUGAGGAACUCACAAGGGAAUUCUUGCCUCAGCUCUCUGAGAAGAUGCAGGACCUAGGUGUUAUUUCCACUAUCUCCCUCUCCUGGUUUCUUACUCUCUUCCUCAGUGUCAUGCCUUUUGAAAGUGCUGUGGUCAUUGUUGACUGUUUCUUCUAUGAGGGGAUCAAGCUUAUUUUGCAAGUCUCCUUGGCCAUCCUGGAUGCCAACAUGGAACAGCUGUUGAAUUGCAGCGAUGAAGGUGAAGCCAUGACAGUUCUGGGCAGAUACCUGGAUAAUGUGGUGAAUAAACAAAGUGUUUCUCCACCUAUCCCACACCUACAUGCCUUACUCACCAGUGGAGAUGAGCCUCCUCCUGAGAUUGAUAUUUUUGAACUCUUGAAAACAUCCUAUGAGAAAUUUAGCAGUUUAAGAGGAGAGGAUAUUGAACAAAUGCGGUUUAAGCAAAGACUUAAAGUCAUUCAGUCCUUGGAAGACACAGCAAAAAGGAGUGUGGUCCGAGCUAUAUCUAGUGAUAUUGGCUUUUCCAUGGAAGAGUUAGAAGAGCUUUAUAUGGUGUUUAAGGCCAAAUACUUAAUGAGCUGUUACUGGGGCAAUAACCGCAUGGUAGCCAUUCACCGGGACCAGAGCCUCCCUUAUCUGGAGCAGUACAGAAUCGAUGGAAACCAAUUCAGGGAACUCUUUAUCAGCUUGACUCCUUGGACCUGUGGCUCUCACACUUCAGUGCUAGCUGGACGGAUGUUCAGACUUCUAGAUGAAAACAAAGACUCUCUCAUUAACUUCAAGGAAUUUGUGACUGGGAUGAGUGGAAUGUAUCAUGGGGACCUAACAGAGAAGCUUAAAGUUCUUUACAAGCUACAUCUUCCUCCAGCCCUGAGCACCGAGGAAGCAGAAUCGGCUCUGGAGGCAGCACAGUACUUCCCAGAAGACCUCUCUGCAGAAGUAUCUCCUUUUGUCUCAGACCUGGAUCUCUUCCUGCACUGUGAGACUCCAGAAGCAGCAUCUCCUGAAGAAGGAAAUAAAAAUGGAGACUUCAAAGAUAAAAGAGAAGAGAAGGGGGCCAGCUCCCCAGACUACAGAUACUACCUUCAAAUGUGGGCCAAUGAGAAAGAGUCCAAGAAAGAAACUAUUAAGGAUCUUCCCAAAAUGAGCCAGGAGCAAUUUAUUGAAUUGUGCAAGACGCUUUAUAAUAUGUUCAGCGAGGACCCAGUAGAACAGGAGCUGUAUCAUGCCAUCGCCACUGUGGCCAGCCUCCUUCUCCGCAUUGGAGAGGUUGGCAAGAAAUUCUCUGGCCGGCCCCACAAAAAACCAGAGGGUAACUCGGCCACCAGCAAUGACCAGGACUUGACAAGUGAGGAAGAGUCCCUCCCUUCAGAACACAAGCAGAGCUCAGCUGGGGAGCAGCAUUCCCCUAUGGACCCAGAACAUAGAGCUGGGGGAGACAUGCACUCUGGAAAGACGCUGCGGGAGAAUCAGCUUGUAAGUGAGGAAGGGCGAGGAGAAGGGCAGGGAUCUCCCUCUCAGCUGCUAUCAGACGACGAAACCAAAGACGACAUGUCUAUGUCUUCCUACUCCAUGGUGAGCACCAGCUCCCUGCAGUGUGAGGACAUUGCCGAUGACACAGUGCUAGUGGGCUGUGAAGCAGGCAGCCCUGCCUCCAGGUACGGCAGCACCAUUGAUACUGAUUGGUCCAUAUCCUUCGAGCAGAUCUUGGCUUCUAUAUUGACGGAGACUGCACUGGUGAACUUCUUUGAGAAAAAGGUGGAUAUUGGCCUGAAGAUCAAGGAUCAGAAGAAGAUGGAAAGGCAGUUCAGUUCAUCCAGUGACUAUGAACUCUCCUCCAUUUCAGGGUGACCCUCAUAUAAAUGAAAAGCAAAAUUUUAGAAGGUAAAUGAGUGAGAAUUGGACCACUGUGGCACAAGAUUGGAGAAUUUUUUUUUAAUUUUAACAGACAAGCCCAGAAUUCUCCAUAGCAUCAGUGAUAAGCAUAAUUGAAGGGAGAGCCUUUCCCAGGUGGCUAAGGAAUAUAGAUAGAUACCUUGCUUCUCUAGCCAAAAUUAUUUGAGGCACAGAGGGGCAAAACUGUUGUAAUCUUAUUGCUAUCAGAAACUCCUGGUGCCCACGGCUCUGAGAACCACACAGUAAAUUAUGCAUGUCUGCCUCUGCUUGUAUAGUUUUCAGGAGUUAUUAUUAAAGCAGUGUUUGUUUGGGGCGCAGCUGCCCUCUCUGUACCCUGCCUUCUCAGGCUCCUAGGUGACUGCACAGAGGAGACAGCCUCGCAGGAAACCGUCCCCUCCCUUGGCUGCCCGCCUCUGAGCUGCCACACUAUGUAAACGCCACAGGGCCUGCUCUCUGAGGACAGACUCCCAGGACCACUGCUGUAAUGCAGCAAGCCUGCUCUAGUUCACUUGUCCCUGUGCUGCAGGUUCCUGGUUUCCGUGACCCACAGGCACAGCUCUGGCUGUGCUGUCACUUGGCCUUUUGCCAGGAGAUAGGUUUUGGGUUUAACCCUUCAUAUGUGAGUUAGGUGCUAAAAUCGUCCAUCCCUUCAGGGGGCUCUGUAGGGAGGGCAGAGUUCACCAGGGUGAAGCCUGGAAGGAUUUCUUAGAGCAGGCCUCCAACCUGGGGGAACAAGCAGUCAUAAUUACUGUUACUUUCACUAUUAUCCUUUUCAUUUCUUUUACUAUUAACAUUUAAAAGAGCACCAGAUAUUCUUGGCAUAUCUUAUUUUAGUCAUUUAAGUUUGCUUCAAAGUGAAUCACUAUUCAGUGCCUACCUUAUAAUAUGCCCUGAAAGGAGAGUGCUCUUCCUCCCAGUAUGUGAUACAGAAGCCCAGGGCCAGUAUGCUUCAGCAGCUUCCAGAGCAAUGUUCAAAAAGGCGACUUCUCAGAAGCCGCUGGUAACAAAGCGCACUGCAAAAGGAGCCUCUGCCCUGUCAGCCCCUCUUGGGGAGUGAGAAGUUCUGCAGGUACCUGACAUGGGCUCAAGAGGAGGGGCUUACAUAGGCUUCUCCUAAGCCCUUCAGGCUAAGACUUGGUCUGUCUUACUUAGAAGAAAGGGACAGACCUUCCACAAAGCCAGGCAUGGAGUGAGAGGAAAGAGUCUGUGCUCUGGUUAACCCAGUACAAAAGAUACCCAUGGGAGGAAGUUUUAAAAGGCAGGAAAAAAGUUUUCAGCGUAGGGCCUUCUGUAGCCUUUCACCUGAGAGGGAUGCCACGUCCUUAGCUUCUUACUUCUGCCUCCUCAGCUGUGGCUAGAAACCCUCCUGCUUUUUACUAAAUGUUGUAACUUAUUGUAAUUGAUUUUAAAAUAAAAAUACUCUACAUGA